UAGCUUUGACCUUCAAAACGACAUAUGCGUUUUGAUUCCUUAAACUCUUGUUUUUUACAGACGCCAUUGACGAAGUGUUUGAGCUACUUCAUUUAAAUUUUUUCCCAUCUGGGUUUCAUUUCAAAUUUGUAUUUUUUCAUUCUUUCUAGCUCCAAGUUUGCAUCUUCUUCUGUCAAAGCUAAAAGUUUUGAGCUUGAAGAAGCUCAAAAUGUUGAAAUCGUGCUCAAUUCUCAAAUGGGUCGUUGUAGUUUUGAGCUUUUCAUAUGUGGUGCAUUGUCAAGAUGUGAGUGACUACGAUCAAAUUGACAACCCUGCAGUUCUUCCACUUAUCACACAGGUUGUUUAUGGCAGAAUUUCCAAUCUUACCAGGAAUCUUAGCAAGAAUUUGGCCAGCCGGUCAAGUGCUUGCGUUAAGGACCCGGAAGCUGAUUGGAAUAAAGCAUUUAAUUAUUCGUCCAAUUUGGACUUCUUGGCUUCUUGCAUUCAAAAAACUAGAGGAGAUAUCACCAGGCGGUUGUGCUCUGCUGCAGAAAUGAAGUUCUACGUCAACAGUUUCUUUGAAACAUCAGGGGAUUCCAGUUUUUUGAAACCUAACAAGAAUUGUAAUUUAACCACAUGGGUUUCUGGUUGUGAGCCAGGAUGGGCUUGUAGUGUUGGCCAAGAUCAGCAGGUUGACCUUGAUAAUUCACAGGACAUUCCGGCAAGAACUCAGAACUGUCAGUCUUGUUGUGAGGGUUUCUUCUGUCCACAUGGUCUUACGUGCAUGAUACCUUGCCCGCUUGGUUCCUAUUGUCCUCUUGCAACACUCAAUACCACAACUGGCAUAUGUGAACCAUAUGAUUACCAAAUACCUGCAGAAAGGAACCAUACCUGUGGAGGGGCAAAUAUAUGGGCUGAUGUUACUACUAGUAAAGAGAUAUUCUGUUCAGCAGGAUCAUAUUGCCCAACAACUAUACAUAGAAAUUCUUGCAGUAGUGGACAUUACUGCAGGUUGGGUUCUACAUCUGAGAAACCCUGCUUCAAGUUGACUUCAUGUGAUGCAAAUGCUUCACAUCAAAAUCUGCGUGCGUAUGGAAUUAUGCUUAUAGCUGCUCUGAGUACUUUACUACUCAUUAUUUACAACUGUUUUGACCAAGUUCUCUCCACUCGGGACAGGAGACUGGCCAAAUCCAGGGAAGCAGCAGCGAGGAGUGCAAGAGAGACAGCAAAAGCACGUCAAAGGUGGCAAUCUGCAAAAGACGCUGCUAAAAAACAUGCAACUGGAUUGCAAAGUCAGAUAUCACGUACAUUUUCUCGUAAGAAAGCCAUCCAACCUCCUGAGAAGCUUAGAAUUUUGGACCAAGCUAGAUCAGACAUAGAUGACGAUUUGUACCCAAAUUCGCAUUCAAGUACCUCGAGUGCUACUCUGCCAAUAUCUGCACCAUCAAAAGGAAAGAAAAAAGAACCUGGUCAAAUGCAUAAGAUCCAUGAGAUAGAAAAUCACCAUAGUAGUUAUGAGAGCCUCAGUCUUGAAAUUGAAGAUGGAAAAAGAAAAGAGCAUAUGUCAAAAGGGAAAGAUAAAGAAAUUACUACUGACAGCCAAAUUUUUAGGUAUGCUUAUAAUCAACUUGAAAAAGAGAAAGCUCAACAGCAAGAAAACAAGAAUCUUACCUUCUCAGGAGUAAUUUCAAUGGCUACCAACACUGAAGUCAGAAAAAGGCCACUAAUUGAGGUUUCUUUCAAAGACCUGACCCUUACUUUGAAAACAAAAAAUAAACAUCUAUUGAGGUGUGUAACUGGAAAAAUUAAGCCUGGCCGCAUCACUGCUGUCAUGGGUCCUUCGGGGGCUGGGAAGACAACAUUUCUUUCUGCUCUGGCAGGAAAAGCAAUUGCAUGCAAGGCAACUGGUUCAAUUCUUAUAAAUGAUAAGCAUGAAUCGAUCCACUCAUAUAAGAAAAUUAUAGGUUUUGUGCCACAAGACGAUAUUGUACAUGGAGAUUUGACAGUGGAAGAGAAUUUCUGGUUCAAUGCACACUGCAGAUUAUCUGCUGACUUGGCAAAAGCGGACAAGGUUUUAGUUGUUGAAAGAGUUAUUGAGUGCUUGGGGCUUCAAUCUGUGAGGGAUUCCUUGGUUGGAACAGUAGAAAAGCGAGGCAUCUCUGGAGGGCAGAGGAAGCGAGUAAAUGUUGGAUUGGAAAUGGUUAUGGAACCUUCACUUUUGCUCUUAGAUGAACCUACGUCUGGUUUGGACAGUGCAUCCUCUCAGCUGCUUCUCAGAGCACUUCGACGUGAAGCUCUUGAAGGGGUAAACAUCUGCAUGGUGGUUCACCAACCAAGCUAUGCCUUGUUCAGAAUGUUUGAUGAUUUAGUACUUCUGGCGAAAGGUGGCCUUACUGUUUAUCACGGUUCAGUGAAGAAAGUUGAAGAAUACUUUUCGGGCCUUGGUAUCAAGGUUCCAGAGCGCAUUAACCCUCCUGACUAUUACAUUGACAUUUUGGAGGGUAUAGUGGUACCAAGUGCAAGCUCAAAUCUGAAUUAUAAGGAGCUUCCUGUCAGAUGGAUGCUUCAUAAUGGGUACCGAGUGCCCCCUGAUUUGCAGCAGAAUGCUGCUGGAAUUGUUAUGCCCCCAAUGGGUAUGGAUCUAGCUAAUGGAGCAAAUCAUGCUGAUGCUGGAAUGGAGGACAGUUCUUUUGUUGGAGAAUUAUGGCAAGAUGUGAAGAGUAGUGUGGAGUUGCAUCAUGAUAAGAUACGAUUCAAUUUCCUAAAGUCCAAGGAUUUGUCAUACAGGAGAACUCCAGGUGUAUUCCAGCAAUACAGAUACUUCCUUGGGAGGGUUAGCAAGCAGCGACUAAGGGAAGCUAGAUUACAAGCAGUCGAUUAUCUGAUCUUAUUGCUUGCUGGAGCCUGCUUAGGAUCACUGAGUAAAGCAAGUGAUGAUCAAACCUUUGGGGCAGCUGGUUAUACAUAUACCAUUAUUGCAGUUUCUCUUCUAUGCAAAAUAGCAGCUUUGCGAACAUUUUCUCUGGACAAAUUACAGUACUGGAGAGAGAGUGCCUCCGGCAUGAGCAGCUUGGCCUAUUUUCUUGCCAAGGAUACAAUUGACCAUUUCAAUACAGUGGUCAAACCUGUUGUGUAUCUCUCUAUGUUCUAUUUCUUCACCAACCCAAGAUCUACCUUUGCGGAAAAUUACACUGUUUUGCUAUGCCUUGUUUAUUGUGCAACUGGUAUAGCCUAUGCACUGGCUAUCUUCUUUCAACCAGGUUCAGCACAGCUGUGGUCAGUUCUUCUUCCCGUGGUUUUGACUCUCAUUGCAACGCGAACAAAUGGUAGUCAAGCUUUGAAGUAUAUUGCUGACUUGUGCUACCCCAAGUGGGCUUUGGAAGCAUUUGUGAUUGCAAAUGCUGAGAGGUACUCUGGAGUGUGGUUGAUUACUCGAUGCGGUGCACUGCUGAAGAGUGGAUACAGUCUUAAUGAAUGGAUUCUUUGUAUAGUCAUCCUUCUCCUCAUCGGAGUAGUUAGCCGUGCCAUAGCAUUCUUUGGUAUGUUGAUCUUCCAAAAGAGAUGAGUUUC